CAAGUGAGCAGGUUCAAGACGAGUUAGAGAAGAAAGACUCAUGGAUGAAUGAUUGAAAGUUAAUGUGCUCCAGGCUGCCACUAGCAUCCCUCUUGCAUUUUCCAAAAAGUGUGAGGCCAGUAUUGAUUCGCGUGACCAUGGAUCGGGUGCCAGCUGCUGCUGAAGGAGUGCGAUCUGCUAGCUCCUUUCUCCACGACAAGGCUUACAUUAAUGGGAAAUGGGUCACAGCUGAUUCUGGAGCCACUAUUGAGGUUGUGAAUCCGUCCACAGGUGCUGUGCUAGGCACAGUCCCUGAUAUGGGGGAAGCAGAGGCCCAGUCUGCAGUUGAUGCUGCCUACAAAGCUUUCCAGACCUGGAAGGACACGACUGCCAAGGAAAGAAGUGCUUUGUUGAGAAAGCUGUUCAACCUUAUCGAAGAAAACAAACAAGAGUUGGCAAAAUUGUUAACAGCCGAAAUGGGUAAACCUCUUGCUGAGGCUCUAGGUGAGGUAAAUUAUGGGUCGUCCUUUGCUGAGUGGUAUGCUGAGGAAGCCAGACGGGUGUACGGUGAUGUGAUCCCUACUCCAAUGAAAUCAAGGAGAUUGCUAGCUUUAAAACAACCCAUUGGGGUAGCAGGAAUGAUCACACCUUGGAAUUUUCCAAAUGCAAUGAUAACCAGAAAAGCAUGUGCAGCUCUUGCUGCAGGUUGCACAACUGUUAUCAAACCUGCUGAGGACACGCCUUAUUCCGCCCUGGCAUUAGCAGAGUUGGCAGACAAGGCAGGAUUCCCUCCAGGUGUUGUAAACAUUGUGACGUCAUCUCGAACUAAAUCCGCUGAAGUUGGCAAGGUGUUGUGUAGUAGCCCCCUGGUGGCCACUAUUUCAUUCACAGGCUCGACCAAUACAGGAAAGAUUCUUCUGAAGCAGUCUGCUGACACAGUAAAGCGAGUGUCACUAGAGUUAGGGGGAAAUGCUCCAUUUAUCGUGUUUGACAGUGCUGACCUGGACAUGGCCAUCACAGGUGCUAUGGCGUGCAAAUUUAGAUGUUCGGGACAGACAUGUGUCUGCGCUAACAGGAUAAUGGUACAAGAAGGCAUCUAUGACCAGUUCGUGGACAAGUUUGCCAAAGCCAUAGAGAAAGAGUUAGUCGUCGGUGAUGGAUUUGAUGGCAGCACCACCCAGGGACCUCUGAUAAACAAGGCCGCUCUCACCAAGGUGGAUGAGCAUGUUCAAGAUGCUGUUUCUAAAGGUGCUAAAGUUGUCACUGGUGGGAAAUUCCAUGAAAAGGGGGGAAACUUUUACCAGCCAACUUUGCUGCGUGACGUCACAACCGAGAUGAGGUGCCUAAAGGAGGAGAUCUUUGGACCAGUAGCACCUGUGGUCAAGUUUAAGACAGAAGAGGAGGCCCUUGCUGUGGCAAAUUCAGUUAACACUGGUCUGGCAGGUUACUUUUACUCCAAAGACUUGAGCCAGAUAUGGCGGGUGGCAGAAAAGUUGGAGGUGGGGAUAGUGGGGGUCAAUGAAGGCGUGGUCUCUGGUGUUGAGAUUCCAUUUGGCGGCGUGAAGGAAUCUGGGUUAGGGCGCGAAGGGGGAAAGUUUGGCAUUGAUGAAUACUUGGAAAUCAAGUAUGUCUGUAUGGGCGGAGUGUAAUGGCCUAAUGUCAACUAUGUCAGUACAAUGUGAUGAUAAUACUUUCAGGUGCUUUCCUCAACUACACUUUACCUACAGACCUAGGUAGUUGUGUUCAUUUUAUAUCAUCCAGUUACCCAUGAUUUGUGCUUCAUAUCUUUCAUUUUUGAAAUAUAUGUACUUACAUAUACUGAUAUUCAGUGCUGUAAACAUUUUUGCUAAAUUUUAUGUUUGAUUACAUAUUUUAUUACUUUAAAGAUACAUAAUCAGUAUUAGGCAAAACUUGAUUGGGUUGAGGUGGGGUUGGUUGCAGAGUUAAAGUCUUCAUGAACAUAAAUACAGGCCAUGAUGACAUACAAUAAUUGGUGUAAAAAUAGGGUAUCAAAUAAAAAACUAGUGAUAUUAAAUUUCAGGUCAGUAUAAAUACAACCCAGAAAAAGCAUAAUUAGAUUUUUUGUUUUUUUGAUAAUGUUCAAGGAUGAGCAAUUUGUCAAACGUUGACUGAAUCACUUUCCUUGUAUUACCAUUUGUGCUCAAUUCAGUUUGCAUCAUUGGUUACGAGUCAUGGUAUGACGUCACAUGUAAGGCGUUAACUGUGAAAGUGUGGAAAUGUCUGUCUAUUAAAGGGUUAUUACAAUUACUGCUUUCUGUGUAUAGAUCAGACUCCAACAGUUUCAAAGGAUGUGCGUUUAACGAACUAAAAAUGUUUGAAAUGCAUGUAGAGUGUGUAUUGUUUCUCUUUUUUACUGUUGAGGGAAUAACAGUUAAUUAUGUAACAAUAAAAUCAUUGCCCAGGACAGAAUACAAUUCAAUUGUGUUUUUGUGUGAAUCUGAGGACUGAAUAUAAAUCAGUGAGAAGGCAUUAAAUAAAUAAAUGUUAGUGAAAAAUUAACGGGGGAAUAUUCUUUGUUGAGAAACGUAAGGUUUCAUGGAAAUCAUGUUGGCAAAUCAUGUUUUUUUGAAGUUAAUAGUGAUAGUCUAAAGUAUCUGUAGUUAUGAGAUAUUGAGUAGUUUGUGUCAUAUCUGAGCUCAAAUCUGCUUUUGUAUCACGGACGCAUAGAAAACACAUGUACUUUUCAUUUACGUACCAAUUCUCGGAUUAAAGUUUUUCUCUCAGA